CUCACGGCUGCGCGCCGGCGCCGCCACCCCCUCAGCGGGCGGCGGUUAGUGCGCUGGGCCGGCUGCCGGCGCGGGACCGACCAGGGCGGGAAGGCGCUUAACGGAACGCUGGCACGACAUUCCUAUUGGCGUGGUGAAUAAGCUACGAGCACACUUAAAACUGAGAAUCUGUUGGUUUGCUGCUUUAACUCUUAGGUUUCCUAGAUCUAAAAGAAAGGCUGAGUUAGAGUACCCUUCCAAAAUGGCUGCUCUUAAGGAAGAGAGAGACGUGGAAGACUACAAGAGGAAAGGAAGACGGUCCUCACAGCAGAAAUACCGUAGACUGAAUAAGGGCCAUGAGCCAAAGGAGCCGGAGCAGUUGAGAAAGCUGUUCAUUGGAGGCCUGAGCUUUGAAACAACAGAUGAUAGUUUGAGAGAGCACUUUGAAAAAUGGGGCACACUCACGGACUGUGUGGUGAUGAGAGAUCCACAAACAAAACGUUCCAGAGGCUUUGGCUUUGUGACCUAUUCUUGUGUGGAGGAGGUGGAUGCUGCCAUGAGUGCUCGACCGCAUAAGGUUGACGGCCGCGUGGUUGAACCAAAGAGAGCAGUUUCGAGGGAGGAUUCUGUAAAGCCUGGGGCACAUCUCACAGUAAAGAAAAUAUUUGUUGGUGGAAUUAAAGAAGAUACAGAAGAAUAUAAUUUAAGGGAGUAUUUUGAAAAAUAUGGCAAGAUUGAAACCAUAGAAGUCAUGGAAGACAGGCAAAGUGGAAAGAAAAGAGGCUUCGCUUUUGUAACUUUUGAUGAUCAUGAUACAGUUGAUAAAAUUGUUGUUCAGAAAUACCAUACUAUAAAUGGACAUAACUGUGAAGUGAAAAAAGCACUCUCAAAACAAGAGAUGCAGACUGCUAGCUCUCAGAGAGUGAAAUAUUUUGUAGGCCGUGGGGGUGGCUCAGGCAACUUCAUGGGUCGUGGAAACUUCGGAGGCGGUGGAGGGAACUUUGGCCGAGGAGGAAACUUUGGUGGAAGAGGAGGCUAUGGGGGUGGUGGUGGCGGUGGUGGGAGCAGAGGAAGCUUUGGGGGUGGUGACGGAUACAAUGGAUUUGGUGAUGGUGGCAACUAUGGAGGUGGUCCUGGCUAUGGCAGCAGAGGGGGUUAUGGUGGUGGUGGAGGACCAGGAUAUGGAAACCCAGGUGGUGGAUACGGAGGUGGAGGAGGAGGAUAUGAUGGCUACAAUGAAGGAGGAAAUUUCGGUGGUGGUAAUUAUGGUGGAAGUGGAAACUACAAUGAUUUUGGCAAUUACAGUGGACAACAGCAAUCCAACUAUGGUCCCAUGAAAGGUGGUGGCAGCUUUGGUGGCAGAAGUUCAGGCAGUCCCUAUGGUGGUGGUUAUGGAUCUGGCAGUGGAAGUGGGGGCUACGGUGGUAGAAGAUUCUAAAAAUGCUACCGGAAAAAGGGUUGAAUGAGAAGCUGCUGCUUGACAAAAUGGGGAAUGUCUUGCACAUCCUCUUCCAUUGAAGGUUUCUGACUGGGUAAGAUUUGUAGUGUAUAGUAAAACACUUGUUUAACCCGUAUUUCCUUCUAGGCUUUCCUUUGCCAGCCUUUUAAUGUCGAGGAAAGCCUUAAGCACUCAGGAGCAAGUAUUCCAGCAUUCGUCACCCAGCCUGUCCCGCGCUGGGCGAGGGCUGCUUGCUGGCAUAGUUGCUAUUCGAGAAUCUUCUGUUCCUGCCAGGUACAAAAUCGCUGUGUGCCUGAGAUCGACAAGACAGAAACGAUAAAUGUCUUGAAAUACCUGCUCUCCUUACCGCUGCCGGGGGCGGGGGGGUGAGAAAUUGUUCGUUACCUUGUCGUAGAAAGAGAAGCCUUAACAGAAACCCGGCAAGGUGAAGACACCGGAGCGGUUCAUCGCAGGUCUCGGUGGCGUGUGACACGCUGCCGCCGCCGCCGCUGCUGCAGAAAGUCCGUAAAGGCACUUUGCGUUGGUUAGAGCAGGGACUUCCCUCCCAAUAAAUGAGUCGCGGCGUACCAGGUGGGUUUGUAUUUAUCUGUGCGAAUCUCAAAAAGAGUGGAGUUUUAGACCCUUUCGGGUGUUGGGUGCUUUCAGGCGGGGUGGUUUCGUGGAGGCUGGUCCUGUCACGUGCCGCCCAGCUGAAAGCACGACUGCUUUUAUACAGGCAAAUGGCAAUAAAAGAACUUUCCAUGGAAUCUGCUUUAAUGCACGUUGGUUCUUAACUCUUGGAACGUGUAUUCCCUCCAAUUGUUACAAGUCUGGGAUAUUUUAAACUCUGUGUUGCAUAGUAGUAGUCUAGUAACUAUUCAAACUUGCCGAUAUGUUUUUUGAGUCUCUGCAUUAUUUUUGUGAAGUCAGUUUCUAUUUUAGUGUUGGUUUUGCUUCGAUUAGUCAGAAAAUAAAGUCAACGGAAAAUGGAAGUCGCGCAUUUCAGUUUCACUUGGGCCUUGGGGAUGUUCACAGACUGGUUCAAGCGUUUAAACUUGUUACCUGCUGUCUGUAAACAUCCAGAAAGCAAACUCUUGACACCGUAACAUACAAUUAAAAGUUAACUUGUAAGCAAUUUACAAUGGUAACAUUGAGAUUUUCAUAUAAUCAGGAGCUGCUUAAUGGAACUCUCGCAGUGACUGCAUUUUUUUUUUUAAUUUUUUUAUUUUUUUUAAACGUUGACAAAGGUUUUUUGGUGAGCUGAGGUUGAGCCGAAAUUGAAAGUGCUGCAGUGAGGCCCCAGGCUCCCCUCGGCGCAGGGCACAACAGCUUGGUGCCGAGGGGACAACGUGCUUCUUGCGGCCGCAGGUGGGAAGCUCUGCUGCUCCUCUGCUGGGCAGAGCUGCUCCUGAGCCCCCCUGGCCCCCGCGCAGCAACAGGUAACGGGGAAGAGCAUUAGUGUGGCUUCUGCUUCCUCCCUUGCGGGCAAAGGCCUUUGUAUUUGAGGGGGGAACGUUACAAUUUUUUAACAGUAAAAUCUUGAAAAUGUUUUAACAAAAAUAAGUUUUAACAGAAACUUUGUAGUUUGCAUCCCAUUUCCAGGCCUGGACGUUUUCCUUGACAUUAGAGGGUUCUGCGUUGCCGCAGACUUGUCCUGUGCUCUGGAGGGGGCUUUUUGCAGCACAUGCAGAUCUAGAUAUUCACUGUUAGAAUUCUUUUCACGCUUGGAUUUAUAGCCCUCUUGUUAGACUAAUUUGCUUAAUUUCAAUUAUUCAUACCACAAUUUGCUCAGAAAUAACCCCUGUCAAAGACAAACGCAUCCUUAAGGAGUACUUGGUCAAGUGUAUCUUUGUCCAUGAGGCGCUUCCAAGAGUUAAGAAUGCUCUUUCGCGGCUCCGUCUUUCUAUAGCGGCUGUUGUUGGAAGUAGCAGCUGUAAAUGUAGAUGGAGACGCGAAGUUGUAAAGUUAACGAAGCGCUGGUCCCUGAGCUGCCGUUCUGCGGAAGUUUGUUUGAUACGUAAACCUGUGUCUUAAUCGAAAAGCAAAUGGUAUGUCCAGGUGGUAAAAAUGUAUUCCCCCAAAAGGGGCCCAGGUCGACGCGGAUGCGAUAAGUGUUUUGUUUAUACGACGCUGAAAUGAAACAGCCUCUUACCUUUGGUAUCCUUUAAAUAUGUAAGGCGGGAAGGGGGAUGCUCCCGGUCUCUGGAGCGUUGAUUGUGUGAUGUACUGACUUUCUGUCUUUGGUUCCUGUGUUUAAGACGUGAACGUGUUUUCAUACGCUGUCUGCGCUGCGGUGGAAUAUCCGCUUCCCCGUCAGUCUGUGCUCUCUGACAAGUGUUUGUAUCUUAAAUUGUGUGGAGCAUGAAAGAUCUUCGGUAUCGCUAAAAUUGAGAUAUCUGAUGGAUGAUUCUUUUUCUGCUGUGGGUGCUACAGGUUGACAUCUCUAUCUAAGAUUAGCUUUUUCCUGAACUAAAGUAAUCCAAGUUUCUCCGUAGAAGAAAAAUGGCCAUCAUGUAGAAGAUAAUAUCGCAAGAUUGGAAACAGAAUAAUAUGUUAAAAUAACUGGCAAAGACUCCAAGAGCCACGGCGCUAGUGUGCUGCAAUCUUAGAACUUGUGGUUAAACAAGUUUAAAAAAUAACGUGGAAAUUAAAAAUUUCAGUAUAGUCCAUAAUGGAUUGAAAUUUGUUAAAAUAUUUCCAUUUUGUAUCAGAAUAAAGUGUACGUUGUCAAAUGACUUACAA